AAAUUUGUAGCUAUAUAAACCACCUGUUAGCUUUCGAAAAGCAUCACAUCGUUUCCAGCCUUUCAAGCUUCAAACAUCCAACUUUUAACUUCAACAUGCAUUUACAAUCAAUAAUUAUUGCAGUUUUGGCUUUCUUGGCCUGUGUCAGCGCCCAGGCAUGUGUUGGAAGACCAAGAAAUCCAUCUUGUAGUGGACCCCGAGAUUUGGGUAUCCGUGGACGCCGUUGUACACCUCGUACCAUGUGGUAUUAUGAUCCCAGAGACAGGCAGUGCAAGGAGAUGCGUUAUCGAGGAUGUCGUGGCAACAACAAUCGCCAUUGCACCAAGGCGGCCUGUGAAAGGCAAUGUCGUCGUUAAACAACGUUAAAAAAGGACUAUGAGGA